AUGGCGACCGCUUUGAAGACGACGCUUCUCGUCCUCCUCACACUAUGCGCUCUGCUCUCCCUUACCGACCGCCUCGACGGGGCCGCGACGUGCCCCCCCCCGGUACCCCCCCGGUGCCCCCCGGGCCACACCGCGUGCUUCCUCGCCGACCGGUCCGCGCACUUCUGCUGCAAGCGACCGGGCACAUGCCCUUGCCACCCCCCCGAAACGUUAGCCGACGCGGGCUGCAUCGUCAAGCCCGGGGAACCGGUUCGCAGCCCCGAGGGGCCGUCUCUGCUGUACGUCUGGGCGGGCCCUAGGGAGUGGAAAGGAAAUGACUUUCUAGCGGUCUUUGAGUUAGACCCCCGGAACGAGAACUACGGGAAGCUGCUGUGCGUGAGCGAGAUAGACACGUCGGGAAAUGAGGCGCAUCACAUGGGGUUAUCGGCGGACCGGAAAACGCUGAUCGUGGGGGGGCUGUUUAGCAUGAUAAAGAAGCAGCCCGACGUCUACUUCUUCAACGUAUCGGCGAACGCCACGUGUCCGCCGUACGUUGGUUCCCUGGACGUGCCAGACGCCUCGGCCGCUGAUGAUUGGAAGCCGCUCCCCGAGGGGGGGUUCGUGGGCACUAUGAUGGGCUCCGCUAACGGGUCGACCCCCGGGGGGGUGGUGAAGUUUUCGGGGGGGACGCCGGAUAGUUACGAGGGAGUCUUCCCGCAGCGGGGGGGACAGUUCGUGGGCGCGGAAGAAUGA